GAUCGGACGUCAGGCGGAUCGAAGCUCUCGAACUACCCGUUUUCCACCACCGUUCGUUGCGCCGUUUUUUGUGAUUGCCCCCUGACCAGUAUCAGCUUUGUUGAUAGCAACGGUUCAACGGCUUGCUGAGCGUGUUUUAAAAUAUAGAUCGAAGAAGGCAGCGACGCAGAUUUUUUUCGUUAGUGACACACAUAUAACCCGAUUACACUAUGAGCAGCAAAUUGGCAGCGAUAAUUUUGUUGGCGGGAGUGAUUUGCCUCACGUUUUUACCACCGUCAAUUAGUGCUGCAGAGUUUACUAGUUGCGCCAAUGAAACUGCCAUCGGGAAGUACUCCUUAGUCGAGGUCUCGAACUGCGCGGAUAGCGAUGCAUCCUGCACCCUGAAACGCAACACCAAUGCCACCAUCGCCAUCACCUUCACCAGUUCCGAGGACCUUCCGGAUCUGAAGGCGGUCGUACACGGUAUCAUCCUCGGUAUGGAAGUGCCAUUCAAACUGCCCAACGAUAACGGCUGCACGGAUAGUGGCCUCGAAUGUCCGCUCACAAAAGACACCAGCUAUCGCUACAGCACCACCCUGCCGGUUUUGAAACAGUAUCCAAAGGUCUCUGUCGAGGUGAAAUGGGAGCUCAAAUCAGCAGACAAGGAUGUGCUGUGUGUGCUGAUUCCCGCUAAAAUACAGUAGCUGUAGUUGCUCUGCAAAAACCUUCCCUCCAACCAUCACUCACACUCCACCCAACCGUCCUGAAGGGAGGCUAGCUGACGCUCGACCACGUGCUAUGUUCAUCCUUAACCUAAUCGGCUGACAGGAGGACUUUAAAUGGAGAGAAUUGAAGUGCCAGCAAUUGACCGCUAGAAAACAUCUACCCGUGCCGUAAAUCACGCGUUGUUCAUUCUUGCGAGACACGAUCACCUGCCCGAACCGGAUGGGAGCGUUAUUCAUGCCGUACAUCUUCCCGUGUGAUCAGCGCCAUCCUCCCGUCCACGCCACUGGUGGCCAUCGUGCGUAGGGAGCCGCCUAAUCCGUUAAUUAGAUUACAAUUGAAAGUGGAGUCAAUCCAAUAAACUCACCCUCUCCGGUUUUGCUCGUA